AUGGAUCGGGAUCGAUCCAGGCCAAUUUCCUCCUUUCCCACUAGUAGUCGGCAGCCGUUGGAGAAACCCAAGGGCCGGAAGAAAGUUUCAUCGGCUUGCCUUGCUUGCAAAACGCGAAGAUCGAGGUGUAGCGGACAGGACCCAUGUGGAAAUUGUGUGAGGAAUAACACAGAAUGCUCGUAUGCUGCAAAUCAGGACAAACGUCGGGGGAUACAGAUCAAGGAGAGACUGGAGAGAUUGGAAGAAGACCGUGAUCUACUCAUUAGAUUUGUCACCGCACUCCGAGAAGGUGGUGACCGACAGGCUCUACAACUCGUUAGUCUUAUCCGCAGUAAGGCCUCCCUCGAUGAAAUCAAAGUCUACUUGAAUGAACAUAUGCGGGUUAAUCAACAAACUAGUCCUGAACUACUGGAUGUGGAACGGCAACUGAGUAGGAUGCAAGAGUUCGAGUCACAGAGAAGCAGCAUACUGGAUAGCAAUACCCUGGCGGUUGCUCCCCGCUGGAGAGUACCGGCUAGACCAUGGACUAAAGUAACAGACAAUGACAAUUUAGUAUCUCAUCUGCUUUCUUCAUGGUUUACCUGGCACCACCCAUACUGGAUUGACCGUGAUCGUUUCAUUGAAGAUAUGCAAACCCGAGACCCGAAGCAAACCAAGUAUUGUUCGCCAUUCUUAACAAAUAUAAUAUUGGCAGAUGCCUGCGCAUACAUGGGGUACCCUGAGACGUUGGCUGAAAUGAGCGACAUCCCAACCAGAACACACCGCUUCUAUGGAGAGGCCAAGCGUUUAUAUGAGCAAGAAGAAGGAAAUGUCACUUUGACCACAAUGCAAGGUCUGGGUGUGCUCUGGACAUGCGCUUCUUUACUUCGCAAGGAAAGAAAUGGAUGGAAUUAUCAAGGGCAGCUAACCUAUACAAUACAGCAAUUUAUACUGCUUGUGAACAGCGGAAAAGCGUCACAUUAUGAGCCGAAAGCCGUUGACACCAGCGUCUGGGGCUUGUUUAAUAUUAUUACGUAUAUAUAUAUAUAUAUAUAUUUUCUUUUCUUUUCCACGCCUUUGAAACUCAAUGGUUGA